UUGUAUCAGUGGAUGGUUGUGUUAUCAAUUUCACCGGAAAAUUUAAUUUUGAUCACACGUAGACUCUGUAAUUAAUAAUCUUUUCUGUGUUACUGAAACUUACCGUGGAUAACAAGUGUAAUCAGUGAAUUAUUGUCCAACAGAGUGUUAUUUAAAUUAUUUCGGCAUAUGCAAGAUGUUAGCGGGGAGUCGCUUGGCCUGACGCGCGUUAGAAAUCUGCCAACAUGAAGGAACUGGACAACAAGAACCUCGGCACGCUAAAAUGCGUGCUCUUCUGUUUUCUAGCAGGUGUGGGCUGCAUAUUCCCUUUCCUACCGCUGCACAUGAUCGAAUCCGGCGCGGGCCUGAGCCGCGGCGAGGCGCGCCUGAUAUCGGCCGUCGCGCCGUGCGUGGCGCUCCUCGGACCCGCCAUUCUGGGACAUCUCAUUGAUAAGCUAUCCAUUGGUCGCGGUGCGACCAGCGGCGGAGGACCCAGCGGAUCCGGUCGCCUGCUGCGGGUCGUCACUGCCGUCUGUCUUAUCCUUGGGGCUAUCUUCUACACGCUACUGUUGGCCGUACCUUAUACCAACCGAGGCAAUGCUCCCCGCCCGAUCGUGUGGUUCUCUUGCGACGAGAACGGCGCGUAUGUGACGCAAGACAAGUGCUCGGAAGGCAAGCAGUGCCACUACGUUUCCGAGGAGAAGAGGGGCGUAUUGGCCCUGGGACUGUGCGAGUAUGGGUGCGGAGACGCCAACAUGACGUGGGUGCGGACCGUGUACCCCACCACUUCCACCCCCAUCAACAUACCGAACAUGUGGAACAAAUACUUCAAUUUCACUCAGGUAGUUUCUGACGACGACGACUACGACAUCCAAGAGCACCCGCCGCACCUGUGCAUCGACGGGCAAUGCCACGUGUACAUGAACUACAAGUCGCGCAUGGUCGUGCCCAUGGCCAUCCAGCCGUACGACGAGCUGUACGACGACAACAACACGGACUACUGCUCCUACCGCGUAGGAGGCGCGAGCUGCACGGUGCCGCCUGGCCGCGUGCCCGACAGCGAAGACUGCAUCCCGACCGUGCGGUGCCAAGUCCUGGACCCCUACGACGAGAAAGACUCCGUCAUGGGCCACGCGGAGUGCAAGGUUUACACUGGAGACCCUACCGCCACGUUCUGGACCUACUUUGUUAUAAGGAUCCUCUCGGACAUAUGGCCGACGGCGGCGUUGGCGCUGCUCGGCACGGCGUGCGUGAUCGCCACGCGCGAGACGUCCAUCGGGCGCGGCGACGUGGGCCGGCAGCUGGCCGUCGGCACCAUCGGGCUGGCCAUCUUCCCGCCCAUCGCCGGCGUCGCCUCCGACGCGAUGCCCGACAACCCCUUCCUCGUGCCGUUCAUCAUGCACGCUGUCUUCAUGCUGAUUGGCGCUGCUAUUUUACUGUUGGAUAGUAACAUGCCGCUGUCGACACCGGAGUGGUGGUGGCACACGUCGACGGGCAUGCUGGCGCUGCCCAUGAACGCGGUGCGGCGUUACGGCGCCGAGACGGCCGCCAUCUUCGCCGUCGUCACCCUGCUCGGCGUGCUGUGGAGCGGCAUCGACUCCUACCUGCCUUGGACGGUGAAGGACCUGAACGGCACGGAGACGGAGAUGGGGCUGACGGUGACGAUCGGCGCGCUGCCGGCCAUCCCCGCGCUGUGGUGGGCGGAGGCGCUCGUGGACUACGUGGGCCACUCCAACAUCUUCAUCACGGCCUUCACCUUCUACUGCCUCCGAUACACUGGUCUGGCGUACAGCACCGACUACACCUGGAUAGCGGUGAUCGAGGCGCUGGAGGUGUUCACCAUGAGCCUGGUGUGGGUGACGGCCGUGCUGUACUUCCGCCACCUCGUGCCGCGCAAGUACACCGCCACCGGCCAGGCGCUGCCGGUCAUCGCGCACUUCUGUAUCGGGCGCUGCAUCGGGGCGAUAGUGAGCGGCAUGGUGACGCUGAGCUCGCCGCUGGAGAGCGCGCGCCAGCUGUACCGCGCGCUGGGCGUGGCGGCGCUGCUGGCCGCCGCCGUGUACCUGGCGCUGUACCACCUGCUGCUGGCGCCGCGCUGCGCCGCGCCCAGCGCGCCGCCGCCGCAGCACCUGCUGCAAGGCUUGAACACGAACGGACGGUCGAACGGCGCCUACUCGCCGACGCGAGUCUACCACGAGGAGCGCUCUAGGAAGGGACACUUCCGUUAUUAACUACACUUCACCCAAUCAAUCUCACAAAAAAAAACUAUAUGAACUCUUU